UACACGCCCCCGAUAUUUGAAUUUUUCAUGGACUUAAUAGAAAGAAAAAAAACAAACAACACCAAUAACAACUAUUAGUAUUUUUGCGAACAAAGCGGUUUAUCUAUCAGUGUUUUAUCCUCAAAAUAGUCAAAACAGAAAAUGUCGUAAUUCCGUUUCAUUACCUAUCGAAGCACUCAUCAUCGUUGUCAACGGCAAUUAAUUAAAUUUACCAAAUAAAAAUUAAAAACGUUACAAUGAAUUUUAACAUCUGACAAGACUUGACCGAACCAUCCACGAUAUCAUCAAUAAUCUCAUUCGAUUCCAUACAACAACAUAGUAAAUAUGUAACACCAACACGCAUACAUACAUAAGAUUAAGUUGAAUACAGUAAAAAAAAAGUAUAAAUAAUAUAAAAUAAAAUAGUAGUUUUAAAAAGUGUAAUAAGUAAAAAAAAAAGUUUUAAGAAAAAAGUACAAAUUACAACGAUAAGUUCAUAAAAUCAACAACAACAACAACAAUAAUAAGAAAUUAGCAUAUUACACUAAUUUUCCCAACCGAUCAUCGGCAAUCUUAUGAGCCAAGCAGCAACAACAGCAACAACAUCAAGUGAAAGAUAAAACGACAAAAGUGGCAGCAUUCAGCAUUGCGAGAGGCAGAGAAAGAGCAAGCGAGAGCUAGAGCUAGAGCGCAUACAAAGAGAGAUCAUAGUACACGCAGGCGCCAUUUCCACCAACAUUGCAAGACGCACCCUCGUCUGGCUCUAAGGCCUACUAUCUAUGGAAUAAUCUACCAAUUUAAUUCUUCGCGCACCAAUUACGACCGCAAUCCAAACACCGUUAAUUCGUUGAGUAUAAUUUAUUUCCGCGAACGCAAGCAGAUCCUUGCCAGCGCUGUGUGAUAUUGGCUGAAAGCACUUCAUUAAUAUUCAAAUUAUCGUUGAGUAAUCGUCAUUUGACAACAUUAUUGCAUUGUUGGUGUUAGUAGUGGUGGCGGGUGUGUCGUCGGUAUUGUCGUUGGUGUACGUUGUCAUAGACGGUGCAAUUGUAUUUGGCAGACAAUUUCGCAGUAGAAACAUCGUCGAGAGUAGUAAAAGUGGUGGAAGUAAGCCUAGUUGAGUUGAGGCAUCGUCGACUGACACACGCCGCCAAUUACUUUACCAACGCACCCGUACGCCUAAUCACCACCCGUCCGAACGCCCAAUUACUGCGCAACUUACGCUCGAAUGCAACCCAUUAGGAUUAAUGAAAUCAUAAAAUAGUAAAAAUAAAAAAAUAAAAUAAAAAUAAGUAAUAAAAUAAUUAAUAUUAAAUAACCCCCCAAUAAACACUGCCCAUCGGCUGCCUGUCGCCCAACUAAAUCACACUAACUUGGCUGAGUGUAUGUAGAAAGUACAGCGAACGACGAGCCACGAUCAAUUAUUAACCUUGCAAGGCCACCAAAAUAUAUACGCCUAUGCAAUAUGGCAACACCACAAGUCAAGGAUUUGGUGUUACGCUCUCCUGCUGGCUCCUCCGAAGUGGUCACAUUCUCAUGGCCCCUACAAGUUGGCAGCGGUCAGGACAAACACGACAAUGGCAUCGAUAUUAUCGACACGAUCAAAUUUGUUUGCGAAGAAUUGCCAAGUAUCUCAUCCGCAUUCGAAGAGAUUAAUCUCAAUCAUAUUGACACUGCCUGCUACAAGACUAUGACAAAUCUUGUCGAUCGAUUCAACAAGGCUGUUGACAGUAUUGUUGCAUUGGAAAAAGGAACUUCACUGCCCGCUGAGCGUCUUAAUAAAUUCGCUCAUCCCAGCUUACUCAGACAUAUUUUGCAAUUAGUAUAUAAUGCUGCCGUACUCGACCCGGAUAAACUCAACAAUUACGAGCCAUUCUCACCCGAAGUAUAUGGCGAAACAUCAUACGAGCUCGUUCAGCAGAUGAUCAAGCAUGUGAAUGUUACAAAUGAUGAUACAUUCAUUGAUCUUGGUUCGGGUGUUGGCCAGGUGGUGUUACAAAUGGCCGGCUCAUUCCCAUUGAAGGCAUGUGUGGGCAUUGAAAAAGCCGAUACGCCUGCGCGGUAUGCCGAACGUAUGGAUAUGUAUUUUCGUCAAUUUAUGGCGUGGUUCGGUAAACGUUAUUGCGAUUAUAAGUUAACAAAAGGUGAUUUUUUAGUCGAUGAACAUCGUGAGAAAAUAACAUCAUCUUCGCUGGUUUUCGUUAAUAAUUUUGCAUUCGGACCGAAUGUUGAUCAUCAGUUGAAGGAACGUUUUGCGGAUUUACGUGAUGGCGCACGUAUUGUAUCGUCGAAAUCAUUUUGUCCGCUGAAUUUUCGCAUAACCGAUAGAAACCUCAGCGACAUCGGCACAAUAAUGCAUGUCAGCGAAAUACCACCACUCAAAGGUUCGGUCUCGUGGACCUGUAAACCGGUAUCGUACUAUUUACAUACGAUCGAUCGUACGAUAUUGGAGCGUUAUUUUCAACGCUUGAAAACCCAAAAAGGUGCUGAAAAUGACCAUGUCGGCUCCACGCGUACCACACGCGAUCGUGCCAAACGUGAAGCUAAUAAUCACGCACUCAAUAAUCACCACCAUCACCACAACAACAACAACAGCAACAAUAACUCGCAAACGAAUGCCACACCAUCGAACUCCUCCGCAAAUUCGUCGUCUUCGCACUCAUCCAACAACAAUAGCAACGUUAGUAAUGCUCAACGCACCAACUCGCCGGCGGUGCUUGUAAAUAAUAGUAGCAACAGCAAUAACAGCAACAACAGCAGUCAUCAGUCGAGCAUAACAACAACGGCGUCGACGACGACGACGUCGACGAUAACUACAUCCAAAAGCACUCGCAAUCAGCAACAACGCGAACAGCAACAGGCUCAAGCGCAAGCCCAGCGCAACAAUUUGGAUAUGGAUACAUCGACGGAGAGCGAAGGUGAAGCAGCGCAUGGCAGCGUGACUGGCGGCACCGCCAAUGGUCGGACCACACGUAAAAUCUGGUCCGACUGGUGCAGCAGCUCUAAGGGCAAGUCGUCGCAGUCGGAUGAUGAGGAGAAUAAUAAUAACUUUAGAAAUGCCACCACAACUACAGCGCGUAACGCACGCACUGUACCACAGAAGAAGCGUAAGAAGCUUACGCGUAAGGCGGCAAUUGCUAGCAAGAGUGCUGCUGCUGCGGCAGCGCAAAGAGAAGCGGCAGCUGCUGCUCGUGAGGCAGCAGCACAGGCAGCCGCAAUUGCAGCCGCUGCGGCGAACAGCAAAGACUCCUCAUCGAAGGAGGAUUUUGGCGCUGGCAGUGGUGGUGGCGGUGUUCGUGGCCGCAAAGGUCGUAUGAAAAAGGGGGCGCGUGGUCGCAAGUCCUUGAAGAUCGCUGGUCUGGAUGUGCUGCAUAAACAGACGUUGUUAAGCACGUCGCAUGAGGUGUUAAGCAAAAAAUUGCCAGCGGCGCCGGGUUGUGUAGAUCAACAAUUGACAUCGCUACUGACGCGAAAUAUGUCGCAUACGGAACUGGAAAUACCCGAAGCGCCGCAGGAUACGCCAUACGCACUGCAAAUCUUAUUGGACGUCUUCCGUUCACAAUAUAUGGCAAUGAUCGAGCAAAUGAAAUCGAAAUCGUUUGUGCCAAACAUUAAGCGUCAAAUACAAUUGGAGCAAGAACGCAAACAACGCAUCAAGAACCGCGCAAGUCAACUGGACAAGCAGAUCAAGGUGUUGAUUGAUGAUAGCGUAAUGCUGUUAAAAGCGCGCAUGAACGAGCUAGGCAUCAAUGUCACCUCACCGAACGAUCUGAUUACCAAGGCGAAAGAGAUUGUAGGGCGACAUAAGGAGCUACAAGGCAUAGCAAAGAAGAUUCAGUCGCAGGUGACCACUUGUGAAUUGGAGCAGAAACGACUGUUGAAGAAGCAUCUGCAACAUUUGCCAGAAUACCAAACGACCUGCGGUAACAAUGGACGAACUAAGCUUGAGUUGUCUAAUGGCAACGCGAGUGAGCUGAGCGAAGCCGCAGCACACGAGUUGGUAUUGAAGGAGAUCGCCAAUACGUUGGCGCAACGCAAAAAGCUGUACGCACAGGUAUCGACUAUUGAGAAGGAGGCGGCACUUUUAGAGAAAACCGCCGAGGAGAGACGCACAGCAGCCGCGUUGCUUGCACAAGGCACCAAUAUGACUUUAGCAAACUCAUCUGUGGCGCUAAGUGCUGCGCCUGCAUUGAUGCCCGCUACACUGAUUCCAGCCAGUGGCGGUGGCCCAGCGCAACCUUUACAGCUGACAACGACGUCAAACACAAGUACCGUUGGUAACGCUUCUUUGUCAAAUAGCGCGUCUACAACGUGUAGUAAAUCGUCGGGACACACAACGGGAAAGAAUGCACGUCGUAGUCGGGAUCAUCGCAUACGUUCGCAGGAAUGGCCCGAUGUGCCGGAUGUAGGUAAGAUAGAGGAGAGCAAUCCAGAGGUUUUGGCCCAAAAAAUUCUGGAAACUGGACGGCAAAUUGAGGCGGGAAAGUUUUCAGGAUCCGCAGGCGCACCUACCGCAUACAAUAACGUUGUCUCCGUCGCGGGCAAUACCAGUAGCAAGCAGUUACCGCUACCGCAGAGGGCACAAAUGCACCAUCAACAACACAACAAUAACAAUAUGACGCAUUAUCACGAGGAACUUGUGUCGGUAUCAUCAAAAAAGAAAUCUAAUUCGCGCGGCUCGAGCAAUGAGCGCUCUUCAGUUUCCAUUUAUGUAGCCGACAGCAACCUGAUGCCCGCACCCAUUGCUGCGGGUAAACAGCAGUCACAGCAGUUAUCCCAGUCACAGCUUCAGCAGCAACAGCUACUUGCAGGAAGUGGAAACGGCUUGCGUACCGCUGUAGGACUACUGCCGAAAUGCGAGUUGCCCGGCGCACGCAAGCCUGCAAUGCCUUUACCAACAGCCGCCAGCAUACAGGAAUCGCCUAAAGUGGCCAACUUCGAAGAUCGCCUUAAGAGUAUAAUCACCACGGCCUUAAAUGAGGAUCAGGAGCAUCGCAAGGCAGCCGCGCAUCAAAUGCCCGGUUCCACAGCCGGUCAUUUGCAUGACAUAAGUGUAUUGACAUCACCAUCGUCAUCUGUAGCGCCGCAGCCGAACUCCUUGCAAUCAUCGCCCGCCACGAAACGUGGCAAACACUCGGCAGGCGCUACGGCAGCAGCAAUAAUGAGCAAUAGCAUGAAUCAGCAGCAGCAUCCACACCAGCAAAUGCAAAUGCAUCACCAACAGCCGCACCCACACCCCAAUCAUAUGCAGCCGCUACCACCGCAGGCCAUGCCGCCAAACAAUCUGAGUAACCUCAUCACCGUUGCCACCCAAGGCCCAACCCAUUUGAAUGCCACCACAACUAUAUCACCAAUAACACCUCCGCCGUCUGUGGGUAAUAACCAAUAUGGCAGCAGUGGCUUGGGAGCUGCUGGAAAAUAUGGCGGCAGCAAGCAACAGUCUUCCGCUGGAGCAGGCAGCCAAAAAGCCAGCGCUGCCAAGUAUCAACAACAACAGCAGCAACACAGUGCUCACUUGCAGCAACAACAACAUAUGGCACACUUACAACAGCAACAACAACACAUGCAUUUUGGCCCACCCACAGCCGCUGGCAACUCAUCGGCAGAUAUGGCCUUCCACCAUCGGCGCCGCAGCUCGGUUAGUGCGGCCAGUUUCGAGCAUUAUGCUGCUCAGCAACAACAACAACAUCAACAAGCAAUGAUGAUGGCUGCCGCUGCAGCAGCUGCUGCGGGCAGUGCAUCGUCGCAACAUCACCCCGGAGCCAAUCAUGCACACCUAAUGCCGCAACUCGAAUUCAAAGCGCCCACCGUUACGGCGGAAAAUCUGAUAUUGAACGCGACGCAACGAUCAAGCAGUCGUGAGCAACUUGUCGAUGAUGUGGUGAAUGCACCCCGUUCCAGUUCGGCCAACUCAGACUCGGCAAUUAUGUACUACCCACCGACGCGCGAUCGCCUUAUGUCGCUAGAGCGCAGCAAUAGCCGUGAGUCUGCGGUCUCUCAACCGUUGCCACCGCAUCAAAGCAACAGUAGUACGGGCUCCGGGGGCGGUAGUCAACAAGCACUGCCACAACCCAGUCGACCGAGUUCAAACUCUUCUCAACCCGAUUACACCCAGGUUUCGCCAGCAAAAAUGGCACUUCGUCGUCAUCUCUCUCAAGAAAAACUCAAUCAGCAAUUACCACCCACCAGUGGUGCGGUCCCUAGCAUGCCACUCUCGUCGAAAACUAUUGGCGAUCUUGUGAAUGGCGAAAUUGAGCGCACACUUGAAAUAUCCCAUCAGAGCAUAAUCAAUGCAGCUGUAAAUAUGAGCACAGUUGGGGCCCCGCCUAGUGUCGCCACUAACGCGGUCGGUCCAAACAAUUAUAUGGAUCGAGUAGCGCACGAACGCUUGUUAAUCAAUCCGAAUGCACAACGUCCUGAACGUGUGCACGUGCGUGUAUUCGAUGAUCAAACACCACCCACGCAUAUGCAAGGUAGCGCAGUUGACCAUUCGCCUCGCUCAAUGGGUGCUGGCAGUGGUCGCAAAUCGCCGCCGCCAACACAGGCCACACACAAUUUAGCUACGUUGGCACAUGUCGCCUAUAAUCACAAAACAGGUGCUGGUGGCACAGCUGCCAAUACAAAUGUAUCGAAUGGUGGUGGUCGUGGCAAUAACAACAACUAUAAUAUUGCUCGAGACCUACCACAGAAUCCCUCUCUCUAUCAGCAAAUGACAAUGGGUGGCGGGAGAGAAGCGACUGCCCGACAGACUGCUGGCAAUAAUGUAGGCGGUGCAAGUAGUGGCUCACGCAGUCGCGACUAUCAGCCAGUUAGCUUGCCUCGCGCUGAAAUGAAAGGUUGCAUCGAAGCAUAUUUCAAUGAUGAGCAACAACAGCAACAUCAGCAGCAGAUCCAUCAUAAUCAACAAACGCACUCGCAUAAGUCGAGCAGUAAGGAGAGGAAUAAUGGGCGUGGCAAUCGAAUGAAUGGCAGCAAUCCUCCAUUGGAAGGCUUAGCGGCUUCGCUGCAAGAUCAUGUCAUGGCUUCACGUAAAUACAAAGAAGAGCACGAAGAGCGCCAACGACGUGCGGCUGCAGUUUCCAAUAACAACAGCAACAAUGAUAUGCACAAUCAACAUCAUCAUCCUCAGCACCACUCGCACCCCCAUCAACAGCAACCAUAUGCACACGUUCAGCCACAUCAUUACCAAGGACAGAUACACAGUAACAACACAACGCCGAAUAAAGUGGAGAUUGGCGUGAAACGCACUUCGCCCAUGGCUAACAACCAACAGCCACGUCCCGCUAAAAUGGCGCACUACAACGAUAACAACGCCGCCGGGCACAAUCAGCAGCAUCAACAUCGGCACCAACCACAGCAACAACAUCUAAACAACACUAAUCCAUAUGCAAAUAUGAAUGGGGUUAGUAGUAGUGGUGGCAGUAGCAAUAGCAAUAACAGUGGGACCAUCUCAGCGGCUACAGGCAUACCAGCACAACCGCAGUCCUCCUUAUCGCCGUCGUACCGACGAAAUGCAAAGCUGCCACUCGAGCCGUUGCUAAUGAGUCCGGAAAUCAAUUCGAUAAUGAGUAGUGGCGGCGGCGGUAGUGGUGGGGAUGAGCGACCUCUGCAGUUGUCAGCGGCUGGCAAAAUGUCGCGUCAACAUCUUCAUCAUCAUCAGCAGCAGCAGCAGCAGCAGCAGCACCAGCAUGAACAGCAGCCGCGAACAGCAACAACACCUAUAGUGGGUGGACGCGCCGGUGAUGAUGAUGAUGUCAUUGCCGACGAUGAGACGCACUGGCAACAUCGUGUAAGCUCCGGCUUCGAUCGUUUAGUCGCUUUCGCUUCCACCGAAUUGGAUAAGACACGGCGCUCCAUUGACACGGACAUUGUGCCGGCAUCGAUCAGCUGCAACACUUCACCCGAUUCUGGUAUUGCACACAGUAGCAGCAGCAAUUCAGAUACGGCACGCACAUUUCUCUCCACAUCCUCCACCUCUUCACAGCUGGACAUGCCCAUGGGCAGUGGCAGCAGCAGUGCUGGUAGUACGAGCAGUUCCAGUUCUGGCGGCAGUGUAAGUGGUGCUAGCGCCAGCUCGGGCGGUAGCGGAGCCAAUAGCUAUAUGCAUGGUCAUCUACAUCACCACCAACACCAUCACUCGUUGUUGUUACAUCAACAUGGUAGCGGUAGCAGUGGCAGCGGCGGCAUUACUGGCGGUGGUGCUGGUAGCAGUCAUGCCUCUUCUCUAGAUCAUCUCAGCGAUAAUAGUAUGAAAUCAUCGCAUUCCGAUGUCAUUUCCAUGCCACCAAUAACACUGCUGAAAACAAACUCCUCCUCGCCGGUGGACGCCAGCGCCAUUGAGAGUCCUCCGCUCUCCGAUAUCGGUUUGCCACGUACACCCAGCCCGAAUGCCGCAGUACCGACACCGCCUUUGGCUGCAGCUAUGGCAGCUGCGCAUAGUGUAACGCCGACGCCGACGCCCACACCAACACCACCUGCCGCCGGUUCGGGUGUAACCAGCACCGCCGACCCUUAUGGCAACAACACACUCAAAAUACCAUUGAAAUAUCAACGUAAGUCGAAAACUUCAUCCGAGAAGCAUUACAAGAAGAAAUUCUGCGAACGAAAUUGGGAAUAUGAUUGCGAUGAUUUGUUAAUACCAUAUGCCAAUAAUAGUAAUGAUGCGCUCAAUACGACAGCCACGGCUGCUGAAGAUAAAACGACGAUUGGUGAGGGCACUGGUAAGAAUGUGUCAUGUGCAAUGGAAAAUGGACCCACCUCAUUUACGAAAUCCAGCAGUGGUGGUGAAUCGAAAAAAUCACCGAAAAGUUUUGAAAAAUCGCCCAAAUAUCAACAGCAGCAAACCAACACCGUUGAGUCGUCCAGUACGGCAAAAAGUGCCGACACACUCCUACAUAAUCAUAGCACCACCGCCCACAACAAUAUGGCGAGCAAUGCACCCACAAGUGGGAGCGCAACAACGCCAAAUUUGUCGAAUCAUCAUCAUCAUCAUCAUAAAUCAUCGAAAUUUCGACCGAAGGGCAAGGAUUGGGACUGGUCUUUGGAUAGUAGCAACAGCAGCAGCAAUGUAAACAUCAAUUCUAGCAGCAGCGCUGCUAACAGCAGUGGCAACAAAUGUAAAUCGGAUGUAAAUGCGGCGACAACAAUGGCCAAAACCACGCCGACAACAACCAAUGUUAGUUAAGCUGAAAGUGUUGCCUAAACAUAAAUUGGUUUUAUUAUAAUCCGUUUUUUUUUUCGGUGGCACAUUUUUUUUAUUUUUUUAUUUUUAUUACCAAUUACAUCACAUGCAACGGCUACAAGCUCAUUGGCUGAUUGGCAACCUUUGGCAUAAUAGAAAAUUAUAGUAAACCUAUACAUUUAUUUAUUUGUUAAUUUAAGUGCAAAGAAACUUUUCAAUUGUAUAAUAAUUAUCGUUAUGUUUUCAAACUUUAUCACAUUGUUUAAAAUUAUUUUUAAAACAUAAUUUGCUAACAGAGUUAUUGCAUCACUAAUAUUUAAGACUAAAUUUUUAUAAAUACCUUAUUUUUAGACGUUUAUUCAAUUUUAAAAUUUUCCUGUAUAUAAUAUAUUUCAACUGUUUUUUUUUUCGAAAAUAUUAGAAAAUCAUACUUUGAAAAAAAAAAAAAAAUUUACGCAUAUUAUUUGAUCAAAGAUUUAUCUUUCUUGUGUAAAAAUUGUCUUCAAACCACAUUUUUUCUCUCGCUUAAUUUUCGAGAUAUCCGCAAUAACGGCUUUAUAAUUAUUUAUUAACUGUUCAUAACAAAUGAUUAACAAAUUCGAAUAAGUUUUCCAGUAUUUAAAAUUUUUCGGUUAAAUUUUAGUGGAAAAAUUUAGCCUAUGGUGUUGUUAUAAAUGUGCCACAAUAAAAAAAAAGUAAAUAAAAUCAAAAGCGCAAAAAAUAAUUCGAUUUCGAAGAAAUGCUUUUUGAUUUCGAAAUAUAACCAUUAAUCCUUUACAGUUAGAUACUUAAAGUGAAGUUAUAUUUUCGCUUCGCAAAUUUUUUUUUUAAAUCGCGUAUUUAGUAAACACCAUUCUUUUACCUUAAAAAAGCCUACAAAGGAAUGUUAUUUGCGCGCAUAUCUCGUUCUUCGUUGCACUGCGCAAUAAGAAAUUCAUGUAUAUUUUUAAAACAUUUUUUUUUUGUUGAUAGUAACUAGGUUUUGAUUUUUUUUUAAUUCAUUCUAGUUCAUUUGAUACCUUACUAUGCGCUAUAGCUCGCUCGCUACAAAAAAAAAAAAAAAAAAAAA